GUCAAGUGAUAUAUCGCACACUACCUCCUGCUGCACCAUCACUGCCCUCCAAAAUGAGACCCUGCCAUGCGAUUGCCAGACACCAAUUAUUAGUCCAUUCUAGUCAAGCCGCCGGUGAAGACGCACCAUUUCUCACCGCGUCAAGCCAAGUCGUCAACGAAAUCCUCGUCGGUGGAGCACUUCUUGGUAUCUGUUUCCCUCAGUCUGGAGCAGCUGUAGAUAUCACCGACGGAGUGCGGAUGACCUGUCCGUUGUUUGCAUGGUUUUCCUCCGAAAGAAGUAACAUUGUAUAGUGGGAUUCCAGUGAACACGACUCCAUCUGGCUAAGGAAGGAUUCGUCAUGAUGCUCUUUCAGGCAAGCCUUUCAGCGUUUGUCUUUCUGUUCAUCUCCUUUCAUGAGUCAAGGGCUGUACGACGAGGACCGUACCAAGAAACAUCGGCAUGCGGAUACCAACGAGUAGAACUUGGCCCACGGUUGUCCAUCACUGGAGGCGAAGAAGCCCAACCUGGAGAAUGGCCGUGGCAAGUGGCUCUAAUGUACGAUGACUCUUUCCUAUGUGGUGGACAGUUGAUCAAAGAGGACUGGGUCUUGACUGCAGCCCAUUGUGUCACCCAUCUGAACCACCCAACAGGGCAUACUAUUAUGAUGGGUAGUAUACAUCUCAACAGCUUUGCCGAAGAGGAACACACCCAGAUCAGGCGCGUCCGUGACAUGUAUCCACACCCUCGAUACUCGACCCUGAUCAGCGACUUCGAUCUCCUACUCUUGCAUCUGGAGGAGCCAUUCGAGAUGACGGACUACGUCACCACCAUCUGCCUGGCCAGGGCAGGCAUGGGACAUCUCUACGAGACUGGAACACCCAUGUGGGUCACCGGGUGGGGAGCUAAAGAAGAUAUGGGUUCGCUUCCUCAGACCUUGCAUGAAGUCCAGAUACCCAUGACAGACCACGAGCAAUGCCGGGUCAUGUACAUAGGUGAGGACGAAAUUACGGAAAAUAUGAUCUGUGCAACACCUGAACAAGGCGGGGGUAAAGGCCCAUGUGGGGGAGACAGCGGAGGACCCCUGGUGACAAAGGUCGGUGACCAGUGGUGGUUGGCAGGAACAGUAUUGGGAGGAAACGGAUGCGGAAGUCCAUUAUUUCCGAAUGUUUUUCAGAAUGUCAGCCAGUUUCAGCAGUGGAUCGAACCCAUUUUCAGUAAUCGCCUCCCUGAAAGCCAAACAACGCGUUGUGGAGACGAUGAGUUCAGUUGUAAGGAAGGAUGGUGUAUCGAAUACUGGAGAAGAUGUAACGUACGUGAAGACUGUUUGCUUUCCACUGAUGAACUUUACUGUGAUCAUGAACUCAAGCUGUUUGAUGUCCAUUUUCACCGUCGGCUCAGCUACAAGAGCAUCAUCAGGAACUACACCGUUCCAAGUUCUGUCGAGUGUGGCAAGGAGUGCGUCAGGACACGUAGGCCGAUGAAAUGCGGCGCUUUCGACACCACUCGUGGGCCGAACAACACUCGGAUCUGUUCGCUCGGUGUCGAAGCAUACUCGAUUCGGGAAAUCACCAGGGAAGAAGCGGAAGAGAGCGGUGUUGCCCACUUCACCUACCGGUUUUAUCCAGAGGUCGGAGGGGAUACCAUAACGAGCCACAUCGGGCUUCUCAUUUCUCCUACAUCGACCCGCAAUUCCGACCAACUAAAAUUCGUUUGGAACCUCAACCUUGAUGCGCCCAACUCCAAUACCAUCGUCUUCACAGUUCAAAGCGUGAAGUCGUGGACAGAGGACUGCUCCAAACUUGGAAAGAGGGGCAUGCUGAUCGUGAAACCCGGUGGAAAGAAGCGAAAGAAGAAUCGACGAGGGGAAGAACCUGAUAGCAUCAACGCGUGUCUGUCAGAGAUCUCAAAAGGAGACGUCUUGCGAUUCCACAGUCUCAAGGCGAAAGUUGUCUUUUACACAACCCAUCUUCGUAAAUAUGCAAUUACUCUCGAGUAUACAACAGAAUUCAACUGCACCAAGACUUUCACGUCCCCUGGGACCCUGAAAUCACCGAAGUAUCCCGAGAAAUACCCGCCAAACCUGGAGUGCAAAUGGCUCUACAGAGCAAGGCCUGGUAACGUCAUCAAUUUUGCUGUGCGCGAUUUCAUGGUCGAAAAGGUGCCUGACUGUGAGUUCGACUACCUGAAGAUAUACGAUGGGAAUACGACAGCAGCUCGUAAUUUAACCAGUCAACUAUGUGGCUAUACGUGGGGAGAGGAUACAAUAACCUCAUCUAGCAAUGAGAUGCUCAUUGUUUUCGUCGCUGAUUCAGAGGUGGUGAAGACUGGUUUCCAUGCAAUAGUCACCUUCCAAUCUAGAUCAAGACGGCGAUCUCAAAGAUUGACGGCGGCCGAUACCAUCGAGUCUUCAGCCAAGGAUUCGGACUUCAUGACUUAUUUCCAUUGGGGGACAGCUGGAGUUGCAUUUGUUGCAAUCACCAUACUAAGCAUUGCAUGUUACAUGCUGAAGAAGCGCCUGAAUGCAGCAAACGCUCUCGUUCGUAACUUCAAAAGGAACAACGUCAUCUUCGAUUCUCACUGAGCCAGAGGCUAAUAAUUCAUACAAAUGGACUCACUUAAAAUAUGGUUCAAGUGCCUCUUAUGCUUUACAACGGAGCUCUGAACACCACACCUAUUUUAAAAUAAGAGUACUUAAAUAACCACAAUUGUGAGAAAAGUCAACCAGGAAAGUAAUGAUUAAUGUAUUCCAUAAUUGCAAGACUUUCAUUUUAUUCAUUAUGUGAUAAACCGGAGUAUGAAGGAAAAUUAAACAAGUUUUUAGUAUAGAUCAUACAAUAAUACGCUUCCGAUGUUGAGUAAUUAAACCAAAUGUCGAGUAUUAUAUACUUGCCAUUAGCCUCGUUUAUCUUUCAAAUAUCUUUUAGGUUUUAGGUUUGGGCAUGGAUUUUCGUUCUUCUGAACGCACUAUUGGUGAUUUUAUUCUUGAAUGACCGAAUCCAAAAUAUAAAAUGUCUGCCCAAACAGCGAAUAUAUUAACUCAAAGAGUUUAAUUUGUUGUACAUAACUUUUACACAUUUUGUAAAUUUUGUAUAUUAUUCAUAAUACAUAUAAUAUCAUUUAUACGUUCAUUUUGAAUCUGACCUUCUUAGAGAACCAAUGAUGGUCUACAGUAGUUACGAUUCGUCUUCUAACAAAGUCACUUUUCAAAAGUAGUUUGAUUUUAAGAAAUAGCGAAAUCGUUUUAGAUUCAAAAUUGUCAUUCUCCUGACGUCAUAGUGCACAAGUUGUUUAUUAUCUUUUUGAUCUUUAUUUCAUGACUGCGUUGUUUGCUAAUAAAAAGCAUAAAAAAUAGCGAUUGUUUUUUUAACAAGAUACAAAAUCUUUUUCAACCAUCCAAUGAACCGAGGAAUAUGGUCAAAUAUUAAGUUUAACAUUGAAUAUUAUUUCAUAACAUACAAUUUAUAGGAUAGAUUUUUAACAAGCACUUGAUAAUUAGUUCAGUUCUCAAAUUGCUUUAUAGAAAUUAAGGUGUGCAUGGUGUUUUGUAACUUUAGAAAUAUACAUUUCCCAAAUGGUUAA